UCUUGUGUGUCUGUGACCUCGAAUGUGUGGCUCGACCUCACUGAACCUCCCAUUUCUUCAUCCCUGACAUGGGGAUGCUGUGAAGGUCAAAUGGGGAAGCCCAUGCGGAGCCUUCAGCCUGGCGCCGGUACACGGCGGGCUCGCAAUCCAAAGGGGUGCUCGUGGUCGCCCCCAGGGGGUCUUGCCGCGCCUCGUGCACACUAGCUGCGUGUCCAUGGGUUAGUUUCUAACCCCUGUGCUCCGGUCUCCUCAUCGACACAGUGGGCUGGGGAGGUUCAGUGACCGAAUGGGCCUGACCUCCUUAGGGUGAUGCCUGGCGCACACGCCGAGUCAGUGCCGGGCGUCACCACUCUCGGUGAUGCUGGUACACAGAUCUCUCAGCUAGGGCUACCAUAGACCCAGAAUGGGGCCCUUUACUCCCGUGACGGGAGGUGCCGAGAACAGUCACCAGAGCCACCCCGUCGGAGGGGCAGGUGCUGUCUUGCUAGAGCGAAGCACGACGCUAGCAGAGAAGAAUGUCCUGGCAGCUGGCCCCGGUCGGUGCCAGGACUUGCCAGAGAACCUGACCAGGAUUUCGGGAUCAGCUGGGCAGGUGAGCCUGCCGCUCUCUGUCUCUCCGUCUGUGCUCCGAGGCCUCACAGUGACUCACAGCACAGCGGAGCAUCUCGGCCUACCGGUUCCUGUCCUUGAACCUCCGGGUCCCUCCUGCUUUAAAAUGUGGAGACAGAUCUGUGCUGGGUGGCGCGGGCGUGUGCGGGCUGUGAGGGGCGCGGCGUGUCCGGUCUGCUCCGGGGGCCGGGCGGGCGGGCACCACUCUGCUGCUGUUUCAGAGAACACACCAUCGAUUUUCUAUCGAGUGCUCGCAAGUGCAGGGCCAGGGUCAGGGAUAAUGAGAGGCGUGUUUCGUCAGUCCAAGAGCGGCUUUAAGAGCUAUCAGGAAAUCAGUCUCGGGCCUGGCGGGGCUCUGAAACCGUCCCCGGCUUUCCUUAUUCUUUUAGCAAAUGCGUCUCCUGCACCAGGCGCUGUUCCAGGUCCUGGAGGCUCAGCUCUGCGUGUCUGAACCAGCUCCCCCCGCACCCUCCGACCUCCCGUGGUUGGUUCCUCGCCCUUCCUCUGCGUGGGUGGGGGUGGGGUGGGGGAGCCCUGCAGGCUGCAUGUCCCAGGUCCCCGUGUCUCUGGGUUCAGCCCUGGGGGGAGCAGGUGAGAGGUAGGGGAUUUCUCCCCGUCCGUGUCCCUGGAAAUCUCUCUGACAGCAGCUGCUGUUCCUCAUGGCUCCACCCGCCUCUGGACAGGC